CCAGCGGCACGAGGCGGGCAGGCCGAGAAGUAGAAAGACCCAACCGUGGUCGGCCGUCCCCUCCAUCGCCUUCUCCUCCUCCGACUUGCACGCCACCGAUUACUCCCGCCUCUCGCUCCUCUGGUCUGGGCAACGCCAACGCCAACGCGACGCGAGCCAGAGAGUCUCUCUCUCUCCGAUCCGAUAGAGCUCGCGACCAUUUCCACCUCUCGUCGAGCCGCCUCCCUCCCUCCCUCCCUCCACCUAACCUAACGUCCACCUAAUCGCUCGUCAAACGCAAGGAUCCAAGAAAAAGUGGGGGUGGACCGAUUUGCUUCCCUUUUCUUCUCUCUCUGCAGGAGGGGAGGGAAUCGAGGGCGGCCAUGGACUCGCCGGCGUCGGCCUCCUCGCCGGUGGAGUUCCUGCUCCGGCGCCCCACGCCGAGGCGGAGGAGGCUGCCGCUGGCCGGCGCCUUCUUCGCGCCCACCGCCCUCGCCGGCGCCUCGCUGCUCCGCGCGCUCGCCUCGCUCGCCGCCGGGCUGCUCGCCGCGCCGCGCCCGCCGUCGCAGCCGCGGAACUUCGCCGCGCUCGCGCGCCGCCUCGCGCUGCUCAGCGCACUCCUCGACUCGCUCCUCCUCGACGCGCCGGACCGCUUCUCCGACGCCGCCAACCUCUGCUUCCGCGAGCUCUACGUCGUGCUCUUCCGCGCCGACCUGCUCGUCUCCUACGUCGCCUCCGCCGGCCGCGCGUGGGCGCUGCUCCGGGGCGCCCACCUCGCCGCCUCCUUCCGCGACCUCGACGCCGAGCUCGCCGUCGUCCUCGACGUCAUCCCCGCCGCCUCCAUCCGCCUCUCGCACGACGCGGCCGGCCACCUCGACCUCCUCCGCUCCCAGUGCCGCCGCCGAGCGCCCGCACAGUACCACGACCCGGACGAGGCUGCGCUACGCCACCGCCUCCUGGCCGCCGUCCAACAGUUCGAGCUCGGCCAGCCGCCUCCGCUCAAGUCGCUCCUCUCCGACGUCGGCAUCUCUGACGCCGCAUCUUGCCAAGCUGAAAUCGACUACCUUGAGGAACAAAUCUUGAGUCAAGAAGAGGAUACCGACCUCCUGCUCGUCGGUGGUGUUCUCGCCUUGCUCCGCUACAGCCUCUUCUCGCAGUUCGACCCUGGCAACGCAAAGGCGGCCCAGUAUUGGCCGUCGGCGGGAAACUUGCAGCGGCUUCCAUCGUGGGGCGGCGGCGGCUGCGACGACACCUCCUUCUCGGUGCCCAAGGAGUUCUCCUGCCCGAUUUCUUUGGAUUUGAUGCGCGACCCUGUGGUGGCGUCCACCGGCCAGACGUAUGACCGGCCAUCAAUCAUACAGUGGAUCGGGGAGGGCCAUUCCACCUGCCCAAAUUCAGGGCAGGCACUGGCAGACAACCGCCUUGUGCCGAAUCGUGCGCUCCGCAGUUUGAUAUCACAGUGGUGUGGGAUGUAUUGUUUCCAGUAUGAUUCCCCAGAGAGCAACGAGGGGAUGGCCGAAUGCGUCGCCACCGCGUGCAGCAGCAAGGCGGCAAUCGAGGCGAAUAAAGCCACAGCCAGGAUUCUGGUCAGGAUGCUGGUGGAGAGUUCAGAUAGCUCAAAGGCAGUUGCUGCCAAGGAAAUUAGGUUGCUGGCCAAGGCUGGGAAACAGAACAGAGCGUUCAUCGCCGAGCUCGGUGCAAUCCCGUUGCUCUGCAGGCUGCUCCUGUCAUCAGAUCAGAUUGCGCAAGAGAACGCAGUGACGGCGCUGCUCAAUCUCUCCAUUUACGAGCCAAACAAAACGCGGAUUAUGGAACAGGAGGGUUGCUUGUGGCUUAUCGUCAGCGUGUUGCAGAAUGGCUGGACUACAGAGGCCAGAGAGAAUGCAGCAGCAACUCUGUUUAGUCUCUCCGUGGUCCAUGAUUACAAGAAGAUGAUCAUGAAUGAGCCAGGGGCUCUGGAGAAGCUGGCUUGUAUGCUGAAAAAAGGGACGCCAAGGGGGAGGAAAGAUGCAGUGAUGGCACUUUUCAACCUCUCAACUCAUGCAGAAAGCUCAGCUCGGAUGCUUGAGUCAAGUGCAGUUGUAGCUUUAAUCGAGUCACUGAGGAACGACACCGUGUCGGAGGAAGCUGCUGGUGCUCUGGCUCUGCUCAUGAAGCAGCCUUCUGUUGUGCAUCUUGUUGGGAGCUCUGAAACUGUGAUCAGUAGCCUCGUUGGAUUAAUGAGACGGGGAACUCCAAAGGGCAAGGAGAAUGCAGUGUCCGCUCUAUACGAGAUAUGUCGCCGUGGUGGCUCAACAUUGGUUCGGAGAGUAGCAAAGAUUCCAGGGUUGAAUACGGUAAUACAGAACAUCAUGCUCACUGGAACAAAGCGCGCCAAGAAGAAAGCAAGCUUGAUUGUCAAGAUGUGCCAAAGAAGCCAAAUGCCGUCAGCAAUGUCGCUAGGGACUAGCUUGAGGGUGGUUGAUCAUUCUUUGGUAGGUAACAGCUCAUUGAGGCGUGCUGCAAGCUUUGGCAGUGGAGAGUUGUCGAAUCCUGUUUCGAUAUCAGUGCACGUGCCCUAGGUAAUCGCCUUCCAAUUGGGCAGCCCCAUAUAUGUCUGGCCAGUUUUGUCCAAAAGUUCUUUCAUUGCAUGCUCAAAAUGAAGGUAUACAACAUUUUUAAAUCUAAAGGAACUAAUACUUGCACUAUACUAUCACAUGUGCCUGUGUCUGUGUGUGGGAAAUGUGGAUAACUGAAGUAUAUAAUCAAUGUACAUGUAGAACUUCAGCUUGAUGUUUCGUAUGAAGCUUGGAAGUUGUUCUGUUUUUGUUCCAUUUUUCAAAACACUAUGCUACCUGUUGUAAACUAGCCGGAUAAUAAUUUGUAGCUUGUAUUGAGGCAA